AUGACUGAAGAUGGUGUUGCUGUAGUUAAGAAGAAGUUGUCAUGGCUUAAGCGUCUACAAGGGGAUUUAGAUGCGGAUGAUAAUGUAUCUGAUUCAUCCACGUAUGUCACUGAUAUAAAGUCGGAGAAGAUUGUAAGAAAGCGAAGAAAAUUAGAGAAAAAGGAGGAAAGUCAACGACGUGUGAAGAAAGAAUUGCAUUUAGAGGAAGAAAAGGACGAGAAGAGUAAGGUUGUGUACAACUAUAAUGAUACAAUGGAUACACAGCGUCGAACUGUCAAGAGAAUGGACACGACAGGCACGUUGGCACGGCGUAAACGGCCCAUGAAGACAGCGAAAGAAGAGCUGAGCAAAGAGAUAAAGACCUUAAAACCGAUACACGCUGCUGAAGCUCAAUCAGGAGCUUGCUUGGAAGAACAGUGGAGUGAACACGUGGACACGCGUCGGAGAAGUGGACGAGAUCAUGACAGAGCUGCCUGUAAAUUGAUACAAGCGAAGUCGUCAGAGACGAUUCGAAGGCAAGAGAAAAGUCGGACGCGUGGAACUCGAUCUGUAAAAAAUCAAGAAAAGAUGUUUGCUGCCAAAGAGAUGAAUGUUGAGGUGAUUAGUAAACGGCGGAGACAAGUGUCACUUUGUCAGACGGUCAGGAGAAAUUCUACAGAUGAUGUGUUAGCAAAACGCAAAGUGCGCCGAACUGCAGUUUUAUUGAAGACGGAGAGCAAAAGUAAACAUGCAGAUCCUUGUCUUGUCCCGAUCAACCGUUUUGCUGGCUCGUUGAAGCAAAGUGAAGAUGAUAAAGAGAAAGUGGAGUCUUGUUCGAUGGCUGAAGCCACGCUUGCUGGGUCUACCAUGCGUGAUAGGAAAAUAGAGAAGUCGAUGGAGAUUCUUGAGCCAGUUAAGCAGGAAGACGACGGCGCAGUUUCAUCUACAGCUAUUGAGAAUGAAAUUAAUGAGCUUGAUAAGCUUAAACGUACUGAUCAACUCGAAUGUGCACCUCCUAAUCUAGAGAAGGCUGAAAGUGAUGUGAUAGCACCAGUCAAAAUCACAGAAGAUGCUAAGGAGUUAAUCAGCUUGAAGAAAGCUGAGAAAACGGGUGAAGUGAAGGAAAGUUUAUGGGCUGGCAUGCCCCACAGUUGCACACCAGGUGAUUUUGUAAAAUGUGAAUUCCAGAAGACACUUGUGGAGGUGAAAACCGCACCGAAGCAAAUAAAAGAGCAGGGAAAUGACGAACGGCCAGUAGAGUUAUCUGGGAUCACACAAAACGCCGAUAAGUCAGUAAAAAAUGCAGAUGAGGUCAUAAAGAACAGUAGCGAUAUGAAUAGGGACAAUUUAGUCAACGAGGUGAUGCCAAUUCCUCGGAGGAAAACGAAGGUGGAUGAAUUGGCUCAGCUUUCAACUGCUGAAUCGUUUAUUAUUCCAAAGCGAUCGUUUGGGAAUAGUGAGAAAGGUGUGCAGACGCCGGAUGCUCAAGCCAUUCGGGCAAGGACUGGCGAAAGUCAAUCAAGUAUUGAUAAGAAUUCGUCGGGCCCGUCUGUAUCCGUGACCAUGCCACCUUUGCCCUCUCCUGGGUCGGAUGUAAAAAUGUUAAAGGUGGUUGACUCCAUUCACUCACCAACGACACGACUAAAAAAGCCGGUGCCAGUCAAAACCACAUCGAUCUCGAUGCAUGAUCGAGCACUCAUGCGUUUAUCUCGGAAGCGUAACUCCAUAUUUAUGGCAGCGAUGGAAUUGUCGGCACAAGCUCCUGACUGUCACAUUACCAAGGGGCGGAUGAUGGGAUACGAUGUCUACGACGUUGACGGGAAGGUGGUACCUGAUCUGAUUACUCGUUUAAGUUGUGCUACUGAACGUGAAAUGGCGUUGAACCGGGAACCAUACGCUGCCUCGUUUUUUGGCGUGUCGCUCUCGGCACCGGAAGCAGCAGGAAAAUCAAGUUUUGCAGUUGAUGAAUAUAGUAAAGGUACUCGGAAAAUAAGCUGUUACGAGGAACUACGGUUUAAGCGGUCUGAGGACAGAGAAUUUUACCAACGAAGAAUAUACGGCACGGUGUUCGUACCACAAAAUCUACGAGGCUGGAUUACUUUGGUGGUCCGGAAUGCGCGUUUUGAGCGUAAGUCCACUGGUAUUCGCUUUAAUCAGGACCGUGAUCGUGAGGAGUUUGCAGCAUCGUUGAGCAAGCGGUACACACUUAACAACUCCGUACCACGAUGCGAUAUUUCCCGUGACAACUGGCUCAAAUUAAUGACAAAUCAGCCGGGCUCCGUUUACUUGCACUAUUAUAACCGCGAAGAUGCCGAGCAAGCGUCACAUAUUUUUCGCGAUGAUUUUGGGUAUUCGUUAGAGCUCAAAUUGAACCUUAAAGCCGGGGCGGUGAUACGAACGAGCUCUUCUACACCUCGUCGUUCUCACUCUACCGAGCGGAAUGUACCAGAGUCUUCUCCCUCAUCAUCAAAGAAUGACAGCGCGCGUAACACUUCGUCGUGGCGACGAGAACGCCUGCCUGUUUCGAGGGGUGAUAGUAGAUACUUUAGGUAUGACCGUGGUGCACCGCAACCUAUAGUGCCAUGGUUUCGAGGGGGCCGUCGACAUGAAACUUAUGACGGUGGGGGCAACCAUUCGUGUGCAAUGAUAGAGGGUAGGUCACGGUCGCGCUCAAGGUCGAAUCCGUUUCAUGGUUGGCAAAAUGAAUCUGGCGCUCAUGAGGGUAAAGUUGAUCAAGGAGGAGGUAUGAGAAAUAGUGCAUCACCUUUAAUGUUAGAUGCUCGCGAAAAAACUGACAGUGGAAACGAAAAAGGCAGUAGUGGUAUCCAUAGCAAUGCAGAUACGCCAGUCCAAAAGCGAGCUCGUUCGUCGCCUUGUUCCUUUAGGCGGUCUCCAAACUUUGAUCUGGAUAGGAGUAAGCGCGAAUUAAUACUUGACGAUGACCGAAGAGGGCAGGAAGACGGAGAAAUUAUGAGCAGAUUGGAGGUAAACCCCGUAAGGGUAACGAAUGGGCGUGGUGGAAGAGGUGGAAGAGGUGAGCUUAACCGCGCUAGAUCUCCUUCACGGCGAUGGCUGCAGGAGCCAAGCAAUAUUGAAAUAAGUCAAAGGCGAGACACUUUCUCGAAAUAUUUGUGCAAUCGCUCACGGAGUCCUGCCGCGCGGCACCAUUUUAACCAGCAGCGAUCUGACCGUUACUUGGAUAAACGAAGAUCACGCUCGCGCUCGCGUUCGCGUUCGCGGCCUGGGACUUUGCCUAUGCAGAGUGGGCGUGGCUUUAAUUACAGCAAUCAGUAUAUGGGGCACCGAGAAUUUAAGCAUCCUGGUGCCUAUGACGAUCGACGCAUGUACUUUGACCGAGGACGUGGGAACUAUAGUGGCCGUGGAAGAGGUCCCAAUUCACGAUCACGCCAGUAA